UGCGUGCCUUGCAAAAAAACAGUAAACCUAAGUGCUUAAACAUUACAAAAGACAAUUGCGGAGCAGACUGCGCGGACGCCACCACGGGGUUAACUUCCUCGGCUUUUGCCACCCGGAUGCAGUCACUUUCACCGGCCUGACAGCGUCUGGUGCGCCGAGCCGUUAAAUCCCAUCCUCAUCCCUGCAAAGCCAGACAAGCAGCCGAGCCAACCAGCCGCGGCUCGCAUUUUCAAGCCGUUAGACCAAUCGUGUUGCCUGGAGGAGUGGAGGGCGGCAACACAUUUUCCCUGCUCCCUACACAGCAUCCUUCCAGCAGCCUCUCUCGUGUCAAAAAGCGUCAAGAAAAAGAGAAUACAAAGGGAGGGGGGAGGCGACUCGUCCUCGGAAGCCGUUGGCGGAAGCGUGUGGGACUCCACAGAGGCUGCCGGGACGGGUUUACGUCGGCAUGGGACUCCCGUUCUGUGAGAAAAUGGCUGCCUUUCAAUGUAAACAGGCUGUGCGGGGCCCGCGUUGUUAAGGGAGGAGGGGCAUUGACUUCAAUGUCGCCUCUCCCAAUGAGAACCCAAGCAUGUUAUGCACUCCAGCUCGUCUUCAAGAUCCCUUUGGCCAAGGCAUCGUCAUUUCUAGCAUGAAGACAGCUCCAUCAGCAAUGAGACAACAAACACAUGAUAUCUAAAUCAAUAACACAAGAUACAGUUGAAACAGCUGACCAUGGCCCUGCCUGAAACCAAAACGACGUUUCUAGCGCCAUCCGCCGCCACAGUCCCACUGCCGGCCUCCUCCUCGAGCACACUGAGAGACAAUGUCACAUCUACUGCGACGUUCAUGACUGUCACCAUCCCAGCCAACGAGAGCAGUUUCAACAGCACCACAUUCCCGGAGGCGGUGAUGGAGGGCUCGGGGAUGGGAAUGGUGCUCCUGCCCUUUGGCGUCAUCGCCCUCAUCGGCCUGACACUUGCUUUAAUCCUGUAUAUUCGCAAACGGAAGCGUCUGGAGAAGCUGAGGCACCAGCUCAUGCCCAUGUACAACUUCGACCCGGCUGAAGAACAAGAUGACCUGCUGGAACAGGAACUACUGGACCACUGCCGGGAUGGCACACUUGCCGGUCCCAAUGCCAAGUUUUGACAAAGGCAUGAUGAUAAAAGACAAACAUGGUAAAGUAUCACUUGUGUGUCACAUGACUUUCAUACUUGCUACUGACCCCACCCUUCCAUAUCAUUUGCCAUAAUUUGGAUAAUACACGUUUUGGAUGAUGGACGGAUGGAUGAACAUGUUUUUUUUUUAAUUAACAAAAACAUAAAUGAUGUCAUUCUCAUCAUUACACAUAACUUAUCUUCUCUUCUACACAUCAUUUCUAUCAUGUUCCUCAUGGCCCCUGUGUAAUUAUUAUAGCUGGAUUGUAUAAUAAACCAAUUCCCCCUCCCUACCUUAACUUUGGUCGAUUGGGAUGAAUCAUCACAUAAAUCUGACAUCCUUACAUAACCCCUCCCCCCUUUUU